GAGCAGAUAGUUAUUCUAUAUUUUCCUGUUUUUUAGUCCAAUUUGAUAAACGUUUACGCGAAUUUUCUGGAGUAUCAUCUAUUUCGAUAACAUGGCACCGACAAUUCAAACUAAUGGGAGUACAUCCGAAAGAGAUAAACGAACAACAAGACCAGCAGAAAAAAGAUCCGAAUUAAUAUGUAGAGUUAAAUAUUGUAAUACACUUCCUGAUAUUCCAUUUGAUCCUAAGUUUAUCACAUAUCCGUUUGAAUCAACUCGAUUUAUUCGAUAUAACCCCACAUCAUUGGAACGUAAUUACAAAUAUGAAGUUUUGACAGAACAUGAUUUAGGUGUUGAAAUAGAUCUUAUAAAUAAAGAUACCUAUGCUGGAGAUGUUAAUGCACAGUUAGAACCUGCUGAUGAAAAGCUUCUUGAAGAAGAUGUUCUUACGCCACAAGAUUCAAAAAGAUCUAGACAUCAUGCCAGAAGUGUUUCUUGGCUUAGACGUACUGAAUAUAUUUCUACAGAACAAACUAGAUUUCAACCACAGACAGUUGAUAAAGUUGAAGCUAAAGUUGGUUAUAGUAUUAAGAAAAAUUUUAAGGAGGAGACAUUAUAUAUGGACAGAGAAAGUCAAAUAAAAGCAAUUGAAAAAACAUUUGAAGACAAUAAGAAACCAAUUGAUAAACAUUAUAGCAAACCAAAUGUUGUACCUGUUGAGAUUUUACCUGUAUAUCCUGAUUUUAAGUUAUGGAAAUACCCUUGUGCUCAAGUAAUAUUUGAUUCCGACCCUGCACCAACAGGACGUUCUGUCCCUGCUCAGAUAGAAGAGAUGUCCCAAGCAAUGAUUCGGGGCGUCAUGGAUGAGAGUGGUGAACAAUUUGUAGCAUAUUUCUUACCUUUAGAAGAAACAUUAGAAAAACGAAGGAGAGAUUUUGCUGCUGGUAUUGACUAUGCAGAUGAAGAAGAAUAUGAAUAUAAGAUGGCUAGAGAGUAUAAUUGGAAUGUUAAAAGCAAAGCAUCUAAGGGAUAUGAGGAAAAUUAUUUUCUUGUUAUACGACAAGAUGGGGUAUAUUAUAAUGAAUUGGAAACUCGUGUACGACUUAGUAAACGCAGACAGAAAGCUGGUCAACAACCAAAUAAUACACGAUUAAUUGUACGUCAUCGACCAUUAAAUGCUAAUGAAUUCAAAAUGCAAAGAUACAGAGAAAAACAAUUAGAACCUCCAGGAGAAGAAGAUGAAGAUGAAGAAGAGGAAGAGGAAGAGGAGGAAGAAGAAAUGCAGCAGGAAACUGAAAAAGCAGAAGAGAAAGCUGACUCCGAAAAUGAGAGCGGUUCGCGUGCAUCAUCCAGAGCAUCUUCUCGUGUUUCCAGCAAAAGAUCUCAUACUCAAUCUCCAUCUCCCUCUAAAUCUGGUUCAAGAUCCAAGUCACGUUCACGUUCUCGCUCAGCAUCAAAGUCUUCAUCUCGUUCUCGUUCUAGAUCGCGAUCAGAGUCACGUUCCCCAUCUAAAUCACGUAGUAGAUCAAAAUCAAGAUCUGAAUCACCUCAAUCGAGAAAUUCUUCUCGAUCAAGAUCUCGAUCCAAAUCAAAAUCAGUAUCGAGAUCUCGAUCUGGUUCUCCUGUUAAAUCACGAUCAAAAUCGCGAUCAAGUUCAAAAUCCAGAUCGAGGUCACGAUCUCAUUCAAAAUCAAGGUCUGCAAGUGGAAGUGGUAGUGUUUCUGGUAGUGGUAGUGCUGCAAGUGGUUCUGAAAGUGAAUAAGUAAAUGUUACAAAAUAUAUAAACAGUGAUUCUUA